AAAGGAAAGAAGGCUAUCACCUUGAACUUUUUGGUAACCUACGGUAGACUAAGAUGAAUAGCAAAUUAUUUAUUGAAUUUAUAAAAAGAUUUCUUGGCAAACAUUGUCAUUAAGAGCGCAUCGAUCCUUCGUUUUAGUUGUUUUACAAGUAGCCGAUUAAAAAUGUUUAUAAAACUACUGAUUUUCAGUGUACUCUGUGUUCUUCUUGAGAGUGCACCACUGAAGGUUCCAGAGCUAUUAUCUGACGAGGAAGAAUUUGAAAAAUUUAAGCUGGUACAUAGCAAAGAAUAUCAGUCACCUGAAGAAGAGGCAUUUCGAUUUCAGAUAUUCCAAGACAAUUUGAAAUUCAUCAGAAACCAUAAUAAGAAGUACGAAAAAGGAGAAGUCAGUUUUGUCCUGGGAAUAAACAAAUAUGCGGAUUUAACUCACGAGGAAUUCAAAAAACAGUUUUCUGGAGGUUUCAAAAGGCCAAGACAUUAAGUUUUGUUAAUAUUAACGUUAAACAUUUUAUUACCGCUGAUUUUAUAGUAAAGAACUAAUUAAAUGAAUGUCUAAAAUUAAAUAAACUUGUUAAAAUUGC